AUGAGCAACGAUUCGCCGUCGGGCUCUGCCGCACCAUCAGGGGAGCCGCCUGGCACGACAGAUCACGAUAGAACGAUCGUGCCGAGCGGCGACCGGGGGACUGGCUCGCGACACCAUGGUGCCGUCCAGGAGCUACGACGGGACACCCCGGCCCGUCGCCCUGUGUCUCGUGGGAGCCGGCGCCGGAGGAGGAAGAAGAGGACCAAGAAGGCCAACCCAGGCCUCAAGAAGAAACUGGAGCUUGUCACGCACCUGCUCAAGGGACUGGACAAUCUGGUCUUUGCCGAGCUGAGUGCCAUGUACUAUAUGGAGUGCUCCACCUUCCGGCUGAUUAUACGCGCCGUCAGCCAGGCCAUGUACCUGUCACCCAAGUCCGAGUCGUUCCCUUUCCUCAUGCCCGCCAGCCGCAUGCACGUCGCCCUCGUCGUCCUCCCCAACCUGUGGUGCAUGCUGAUCCACCUCCUUGCCGCCCUCCCGGAGGGACGCGAAUACCACAGAGGCUACCUGCACGGUGGCGUCAUCAUCGACUUCAUCGGCCAGGAGCCACCCGUGCAUAGGCUAUACUACAUCCUGGCCGACGUAUUCCUGCUCGUCCUGCAGUGCCUGAUGUUGACGAUACAUACCGAGCGGGAGAAGCUGCGUCUGUCGCUCAAGACAUUCCGACCGCUCGUCGCCAGCGCCGCCCUGGAGGCUGCCACGUCCCGCACCGUCGAUGAUCUCGAUGCAGAGGAGAGGAAUAUUGGCAGUACGCAGGCUGAUGACGACGAUGCCGAAGAUGGCAUAGAGCUGCAGCCCCUGAGGAGAAGAUCGACCUCGAGUAACGGAGGUGGCCGGGAUGAAGAGGCAGCCGGGACAGAGCCACGACGGCCGUCGUCGAGUUCUGGCGAAGCCGUUACGAGGUCCCGCCUGUCGGACAUUCUUACCUCGGGCAACGGUGUCCUGGGUGAGUAUCACAUUGUCCGCUCCCUGCGCGUGGCGGCGACGGAGCUGGAACGGACGACGGCCCAGUCUCUACAGAGCAUCGGCUACCGAGCCACAUUGGCGGCCCUCAACACCAGACGACAGAGUGCCUCGAUCCAAACCCGGCCACAGCAAGCAAGCGGCGGCGAUUAG